CAUCUUAAGUUGUGAUAUCUUCCCACAGCUCAAUCGUCCAUCUUGUCUCUUCUUAUUAGCUCGAAAAAAGUACCCUCGAAACUCCCAAUUAAUUUAGAAGAAUGGGUGUUGUGAAUUACGAGUUUGAGACUACCUCUCCAAUCUCCCCGGCCAGGCUUUUCAAAGCCGUCACUGUUGAAGCCGACAAGCUUUUCCCCAAGGCUGCCCCUCAUGUAGUCAAGAGCGUUGAACUCCAGGGUAACGGUGGCGCUGGCACCCUCGUCAAGAUCAACUUUGCUGAAGGCCUUCCAUAUCAGUACGUGAAGCACCAUGUUGAUGCAGUUGAUGAAGCCAAUUUGUCCUACAGUUACAGUGUGAUCGAAGGUGGGCCUUUGGGAGCCAAGCUUGAGAAAAUCUCUUUCGACAACAAGUUGGUGGCAGCUGCAGGUGAAGGGACCCUUGUGAAGAGCUCAAUGAAGUUUUUUACCAUCGGUGAUUCCACUUUCAGUGAGGAUGAAAUUAAGGAACAAAUUCAAAGAAUGGAUGGAGUUUACAAGGCUGUUGAAGCUUACCUCGUGGCUAACCCCGGUGUCUGCAACUAAGAUCCAUCUUAAAACCAAUACUGGCUUUGCUUAUUCCAAUAAGAGUGACACGGUAUGGUCACCGGGAUUUCAUCAUCCUUAUUUCCAUUAUAGUCAAGCAGUUCGAGUUGUAUCGUCUUUUAUCAAAUAAAAUAAACACAUAAAAUUGCAAA